UUGUACUUAAAGUAAUCCAAGGUCUACCAAAAUCAAAUAUCUAAGCGCACUGCAACGGACAAAUAAACUCACAACCAACCAACAAGCAAAUGUUGAAUGUUUCAAUACUGUGAGCUCUUGACCUUUUGUUGUGUCAGCUAUGGUAGGAUUAAAUGAAAAUAAUAUAUAAUACAAUAUUCUGAAAAUUCCUUUAAAAAGAAGCAAAUUGAAAGUUGUGCUAUGCAAUAUUAGCAGAAUCCAGCAGUAGUAUCAUCAGAACUAAAAGAAGGUGGGAUAACAAAGUGCCAAAGCUUAUUAACAACGCUAACUCUGUAUUUCAUGCACAGAAACUCCUGCGCGUAUUGCUGCUCAACCCUCCCAUCCACGUCAUGGAGGAACACGUGCGUCACGCCCGGCCUCUUCCUCUCACGCGCCAUCACCGCCACCGAAUAUAUCACCGCCAUCUUCCCCGGCGACGGAUCCUCUGUCCCUCUAGGCGCGUCGAUCAUGAUCAUAUCCCAAUCACGAUCGUACGCCUCUUCCGGCAACCGGCUCAGGGCAAGCGGACAAUGCUGGUUGCCCUUGAGCGUUAGCUGAUUCCCCAUGCAUUGCGCCUUGUACGUGGACAAGAGCGUGUCUGCUUCGGAGAUGCGCGUGGAGUAACGCACCGUGUGGAUGUUUAGGAUUGGAAAUCGCUUCAUCGCCGAGAGAGUCCACCUUGGAUUCUCCUCGAUGAAUAGCGUGUUGCCACGUGGAUUUAAAGCGUCCCACAUCAGCGAGUCAUGACCAACGCCAAAGAUGAGGAAGUUGCAUGGAGUGAGAUAUUGUAUGACGUCGACCAGCUUUUGGAUCUCGUUAGGGGAUUGUGGGGGAAUAGUACGCGCCGUCGCGAAGUGGAGGAUGCUGACGAGGGGGCUCGCCGUGGAGCUGAACUCCUCGGCGAUUAUUACCUCGUUUUUCGUGAGUGGCACGAAGGUGGGCUCUCGGUUUUCAGGACAAGUAGUGGUGUUUUUGGAUUUGAGAAGGGUCCGAUGGAAGAAGAACAGGAGGACGAUGGCGACGGCGACGAAGGCGCAGGCAAGGAUGGGAAGGACGUGCGGGUUGCCGGAAUUUGGGUAUCUCUUCCUGGCGUCCCUUCUGUUGUAAGGUCUGGUGUGAUUGAUCUUGAAUGGAUGUGUCGUGGAGAAAGGUUCAUGGAGAUGAUGAAGUACGAUGUUGUACUUAUUCAAGUUUGACGUGGCACUCCUUGGUUGAUUGGCUUGACCCAUUGUUUUCUAUAAUUAGCUUGAUCUACAGAGACAUUUGUCACCCACCUGUGUGUUAAAAAUAAAAUGUGAAUCAAUGUUAGAUAUUGCUGCAUCUUCUUUCAAAAUUAAAAAAACUACAAAAUCAUCGAAUGUUGCCUUGCUUAUAGGCACAUGUCUUUUAGAAACGUUUUACCUGCUCCCAGUAAGAGAGAGAUCAUUGUUCCAACUUCAAAAUUUUAAUGUACAACAUUGGCUCAUGUCUCCAAAAUGUCAAUGUGGCUGUUGCAUUCACCUCAAUAAUCAGAAACGCUUGGUUCAUGCAACGUAUCGGUAGAUAUACAACUAAUAAUGUUUUUAAGAUAGGAUUCAUCACUAAAAUUCUUAUUUAAAAUAUAUUUAUAUUAUUCUCUUUGAAUCCACAGUGCUCUAGGAAGUAGGAUUUAGGAACACCUACAAUUUCUCAUAAAUUUUAUAUUUUGCUAAUCAGUCCAUAUUAACUCACUGUUUAUGGAAGAAAUUUUGGGGAAAACCCAAAAAAGUAAGUCACGUUUCUAUGUAAAAAUAGUUUUAGUUGUUUUAUAGUGGCAAUCACUAUAUUUGGGAAAUAUAAUGGUCAUCAAAAGGUGUAAAGGUUUUGUAAAAUUCUUCUCAAUUAAAUAUUGGUUUAAUUGAAAACCUAAGACCUCAUCAUCUUAUGAAACAUAUAGUUGCAUAAGCGCAUGGCACAAAUUAGGCAAAAUGUGUUUAUGAACAUAAAACGCAAUCUAAAAGUGCAAAUUUGAGUUAGAAGGGAAACCACAUCAAAUUCCAAAAGAUAAUGAAAUGUAAGUUGUCCAUAUGUACCCAGAUUUGAUGUAGAAAAGUCAUUAUCUUAUGGGGGCCCAACGUGAACUUCAACUUAAUCAGCUUCUUCAACCUUUUAGCCGAAGAAAACCACGGAUUUUAUAAAGGGGCAACAUAUCAAGAAUUAAAGAUUGAACAUUUAGCAAUUGUUAAUUCAAAUUGGUUUAAAAAAA